GGGCCUUGGGGAGCCCAGGAUGGAGGUGGCGGUCGCGGUGGCGGCGGCGGGCCGAUCCCUGCGGCGGGCUGGAGGAGGUGAGCGCCAGGCCCGCUGAGCCUCUGCAGAGCUGCCAGCCAUGCCCGGGAUCGUGGUGUUCCGGCGGCGCUGGUCUGUGGGCAGCGAUGACCUCGUCCUGCCAGCCAUCUUCCUCUUCCUCCUACAUACCACCUGGUUUGUGAUCCUGUCCGUGGUGCUCUUCGGCCUGGUCUACAACCCGAACGAGGCCUGCUCCCUGAACCUGGUGGACCACGGCCGCGGUUACCUGGGCAUUUUGCUGAGCUGCAUGAUCGCUGAGAUGGCCAUCAUCUGGCUGAGCAUGCGCGGCGGCAUCCUCUACACGGAGCCCCGCGAAUCCAUGCAGUACGUGCUCUACGUGCGCCUGGCCAUCCUGGUGAUCGAGUUCAUCUACGCCAUCGUGGGCAUCGUCUGGCUCACUCAGUACUACACCUCCUGCAAUGACCUCACUGCCAAAAACGUCACGCUCGGGAUGGUUGUCUGCAACUGGGUGGUCAUCCUGAGCGUCUGCAUCACCGUCCUCUGCGUCUUUGACCCUACGGGCCGCACCUUUGUCAAGCUGAGGGCCACCAAGAGGAGGCAGCGCAACCUGCGGACCUACAACCUGCGGCACCGCUUAGAAGAGGGUCAGGCCACCAGCUGGUCACGCCGGCUCAAAGUGUUCCUCUGCUGUACUCGGACGAAGGACUCCCAGUCAGACGCCUACUCGGAAAUCGCCUACCUCUUUGCCGAGUUUUUCCGAGACCUGGACAUCGUGCCCUCCGACAUCAUCGCUGGCCUGGUGUUGCUCCGGCAGCGGCAGCGGGCCAAGCGCAACGCCGUGCUGGACGAGGCCAACAAUGACAUCCUGGCCUUCCUGUCUGGGAUGCCGGUGACCAGAAACACCAAGUACCUCGACCUCAAGAACUCGCAAGAGAUGCUCCGCUACAAGGAGGUCUGCUACUACAUGGUCUUUGCCCUGGCUGCCUACGGGUGGCCCGUGUACCUGAUGCGGAAGCCGGCCUGUGGCCUCUGCCAGCUGGCCCGGUCCUGCUCGUGCUGCUUGUGUCCCGCACGGCCCCGGUUUGCCCCUGGAGUUACCAUCGAGGAAGACAACUGCUGCGGCUGCAACGCCAUCGCCAUCCGGCGCCACUUCCUGGAUGAGAACAUGACCGCGGUGGACAUCGUCUACACCUCCUGCCAUGAUGCGGUCUAUGAAACCCCCUUCUACGUGGCAGUGGACCACGACAAGAAGAAGGUGGUGAUCAGUAUCCGGGGAACCCUGUCCCCCAAGGACGCCCUGACAGACCUGACCGGUGACGCCGAGCGCCUCCCUGUGGAGGGGCACCAUGGCACCUGGCUGGGACACAAGGGAAUGGUCCUCUCAGCUGAGUACAUCAAAAAGAAGCUGGAGCAGGAGAUGGUCCUGUCCCAGGCCUUCGGGCGAGACCUGGGCCGCGGAACCAAACACUACGGCCUGAUAGUGGUGGGCCACUCCCUGGGCGCAGGCACGGCUGCCAUCCUCUCCUUCCUCCUGCGCCCCCAGUACCCGACCCUCAAGUGCUUUGCCUACUCCCCUCCGGGGGGCCUGCUGAGCGAGGACGCCAUGGAGUAUUCCAAGGAGUUUGUCACAGCUGUGGUCCUGGGCAAGGACCUCGUCCCCAGGAUCGGCCUCUCCCAGCUGGAAGGCUUCCGCAGACAGCUGCUGGAUGUCCUGCAGCGAAGCACCAAGCCCAAAUGGCGAAUCAUUGUAGGGGCCACAAAAUGCAUCCCCAAGUCGGAGCUGCCUGAGGAGCUGGAGGUGACCACCCUGGCCAGCACGCGGCUCUGGACCCACCCCAGUGACCUGACCAUCGCCCUGUCAGCCAGCACCCCUCUCUACCCCCCCGGCCGCAUCAUCCAUGUGGUCCACAACCACCCAGCGGAACAGUGCUGCUGCUGCGAGCAAGAGGAGCCCACGUACUUCGCCAUCUGGGGCGACAACAAGGCCUUCAACGAGGUGAUCAUCUCGCCGGCCAUGCUGCACGAGCACCUCCCCUAUGUGGUCAUGGAGGGGCUCAACAAGGUGCUGGAGAACUACAACAAGGGGAAGACGGCCCUGCUGUCUGCUGCGAAGGUCAUGGUGAGCCCCACGGAGGUGGACCUGACUCCCGAGCUCAUCUUCCAGCAGCAGCCGCUGCCCACGGGACCACCUGUGCCCGCCGGCCUGGCCCUGGAGCUGCCCGCUGCAGACCACCGAAACAGCAGUGUCAGGAGCAAGUCCCAGUCUGAGAUGAGCCUGGAGGGCUUCUCGGAGGGGCAGCUGCUGUCCCCUGUGGCCGUGGCAGCCCGCCAGGACCCAGUGGAGCUGCUGCUGCUGUCCACCCAGGAGCGGCUGGCGGCCGAGCUGCAGUCGCGGCGGGCGCCGCUGGCCACCAUGGAGAGCCUCUCGGACACGGAGUCGCUGUACAGCUUCGACUCGCGCCGCUCCUCCGGCUUCCGCAGCAUCCGCGGCUCGCCCAGCCUCCACGCCGUGCUGGAGCGCGACGAGGGCCACCUCUUCUACAUCGACCCCGCCAUCCCCGAGGAGAACCCGUCCCUGAGCUCGCGCACUGAGCUGCUGGCAGCCGACAGCCUGUCCAAGCACUCGCAGGACACGCAGCCCCUGGAGGCCACCCUGGGCAGCGGGGGCAUCACCCCCGAGCGGCCCCCCAGCGCAGCCGCCCACAACGAGCUGGAAGAAGGGGGUGGCGGCGCGGCAGCCCCCCGCAGCGGAGAGCUGGCGCUGCACGACGGGCGCCUGGGGGACUCGCCCAGCCCUCAGGUGCUGGAGUUCGCUGAGUUCAUCGACAGCCUCUUCAACCUGGACAGCAAGAGCAGCUCUUUCCAGGACCUCUACUGCAUGGUGGUGCCCGAGAGCCCCACCAGCGACUACGCCGAGGGCCCAAAGUCCCCCAGCCAGCAAGAGAUCCUGCUCCGCGCCCAGUUUGAGCCCAACCUGGUGCCCAAGCCCCCAAGGCUCUUCGCUGGCUCAGCCGACCCUUCCUCGGGCAUCUCGUUGUCGCCCUCCUUCCCACUCAGCUCCUCGGGCGAGCUCAUGGACCUGACACCCACGGGCCUCAGCAGCCAGGAGUGCCUGGCAGUGGACAAGAUCCGGACUUCCACCCCCACCGGCCAUGGGGCCAGCCCCGCCAAGCAGGAUGACCUGGUCAUCUCGGCACGCUAGCACCCCAGGAGUUGCUGCCAGCUGAGGCCCAGGCCAGAGCAGGUGGCUCCUCAGGCUUCUGGUGGCUGCCCCCCAGGCCGGGCAGCUUUGAGGAGAGGCCCCCACGGGGCCAGUGUAGCCUCAGGCAUUGGGCAUUGCUGCUGAGCUGGGGGUCCGCAUCCCUACCUCAGCUUUGGAACCCCCAGAGCCAAGGCAGCUGGGAUCUGGGCCCUCCAGAUAGGGAAUGACAGGGAGGGGCGUGGAGCAGGGAGAAGCCUGGGGCAGGCUGCCAGGUGGACAGGGCAACACUCCGCCCUCUCAGCCUGAGUGCCCGCCACAGGGGCAUCCUGGUACCUCCUAUUCCGGGACAGGCCAUGAGUAUGCUGACUCCCCGUCACUGCCCUCUGGCUGCUCUCCCAGGGUGGAAAUGGAGAGCGGCCCCCUCCCCACGUAUUCUCAACUGUGGUCCAGGCUGGCAUCUGCCCUGGCCACCCCCAGAUCUGGUGCCUGCUGGCCAGCCCCCUGGGGUGACCCCCCCCACCAAGGUGGCCCGCAGUGCUGUGUAUGUUUACAGAAGCUGCUGGGCUGGGCUCAGGAUGUGUCCUGGGCUUGCAGGCCCCCUGACCCCUGCUGCAAUCAUGUGUUUAGUAGCCCCCUUCUGGGCAGGCAGGCGCCAGCCUCCACAGGGCCCAAGGCAGCCAUGCGGCCUGGAGGGGCCUACAGGAGGGUGGGGUCAGGGCCGCCCCUUCUCUGCUUGAUCUCCCUCGUGCUGAUCCCUCUGUCAAUGGGUCCUGGGUACCCAGGCCUGCCCCAUUACUUCCUGGCCUGCCUUCUACCCCCGGGGAUCCUGGCCGCUCAAAGGGUGGAGGGCACAGGUGUGACCACCCCUGCCUGCAGAGUCAGUGCCCUGGAAGGAAGGAGGGCCCCACCAAACCCCCUUUUAAUCACCUCCCCCCAGGCCUAGGCACCCCAGGCCCUGGGCUCUGCAGCCAAACACGCCUCCACUCUGCACAGCUGCCCCUCCCCGCUGGCCUGGGCUGUCUCCUGGGUGCGGGCCUCUCUUCCCUCCCACCUACAAUGUCCUGUUGGCCCUAAGUGGAGCCAAGCGUGGGGUAUUGUGGGACCCCUCUAGAGACCCAGGAGGGCCAGGGGCCCUGGGGCCAUCCCAGUUUAGCCUGAGGCCUCCACAGCCCCGACUUGGGAGGGUUCCUUCCCUGCUGGGUUGGAGAAGCAGCGGGGAAGUGGAGCCCCUGCCUGUCCCCAGAGACAGAGCGGGGAGGGGGCGCAUGCCGGCGCGGGGCGUGUGUGUGCAUGUGCAUGAGUGUGUGCCGAGGAAGGGGCUGCUGGGGCACCCUCCCCGCCCUGCCCGCCCUGCCUGCCUGCUGCCCCUCCCAGCCUGCCAAGAAAACAGGCAGAAACAUGAUGGGCACCAUGUGGCGGGGGCCGCGGGACGAGCUCAGCUUCAGACACCGCCCGUCCCCCUCGUCUCACCGGCUGCUCUGACCCCUGGUUUGGAAAACUGGUGUGUGCCGAGGCGUUGACCGCCCGCUUGUGCCUUCAUUUCCUUGGAGGCAAGGUCCCACGACUCUGGGCCCGCCCAUGGCCUCCCUGGGUUGGCUAGGCUCCCCUGACCAAGACCCCAGCCUCAUGAUCACUGGUACCUGGGACCCCUGCCCACCCUGACACAUGGGUACAGAGACCUGGGAGCUGGGCCUCCCUCACCCUCUGCGACUCCCAAACCUCAUCAGCCCCAUCAGACUUCUGCCCCUGCUGGGCCCACCCCCUUUCCCACACAGAAGCAAGACGGAAUCAGUGGCACUUAAAGUUUAAAAAAAAAAAAAAAGACAAAUCAUAAAUCAGAGUAGAGUUCUAACAAGCACCCCAGCCCGUAGCAGGGAGACUUGGG